UCGAUUUUUCAAUCAGCUAUGGGUGUUUUUCAUUACAAUCGAUGCUAGACAAUGGUGUGUCCGCGAACAGAGAAGUUUAUUUUCUUGCCGGAAGAUGUCAUUUACUACAAAAGCCAGGACAGCAGCUCGGCUGCCGUACACCGAAACAGCUGACAAACUCAACCUCGUUUUGCGCGCGAUUCACGAAGAUAUUUUGGGAUGUGAAUGUCUUCUCUCUAUUCUGUCUGGGGCGAUCAUGAGUUAUCGGAUCGAUUCAGUUCUACGACCAUAUCCACCGAUGUUCAUGAAAAUGGAUGGUGAAAAAGAUAUAGACAAGCUACGAGAAACACUUAACCGUACACCCCGACUUCGCGACAUGGGGCGAACAUCUGUCGACUCCGAUGUCAUCGAUCUUCUUCAUUGGUGCUUUUGUUCGCUCCCUUUUAAAGUGAUAUCAAGAGACAAAUCAUUGAUGCCAGGGGCCGACUACCUACUCGAAUUCGUGCCCUCUGAACAACAAGAACGGCUUUUCGAAAAGGCUAGACUCGCUGCUUCACAAUCACCCCUGAUAUCAGCCUAUCACGGAACAAAAAUAGAGAACGUUUUCUCAAUUCUCAACUGCGGACUGCUGACAUACAUGAACAAGGUGGGCAUUUUCGGCUCGGGAACCUACUUAACAACAGAACAACGUGUAGCACAAAUGUUCACGAACCGAGGCCCUGUCUGGCCCCGAUCAAGUCUUGGUAGUCAUUUACGUUGCGUUGUCGUGUGUGACACGAUCGCCGACCAUCCUGACGUUCGGUGGACAGAAAAUAAUAACAAACAGAAUAAGCACAACGUUCCUGACAAGUAUAUACUUGUUAAAAACAACUCUGUCUUAAAGGUUCGCUACUUAAUGCUUUAUGCAACAAAGGCACCUCGCCAGCAAGGCACUCCAGCUACGCUGAGCCCUAGUCGCUCUCGCCUGUGGAGUUUCGCUCGAAAUAACAUCAGCUUCCUUGCGCUUAUGAUGUAUGGCUUUGUGCUUCUCUGUAUCAAUUUACCGUCAUGCAAGCCACUGAAGCAGAUCUGGUCAAAAAUGUACCAUAACUUUGAAUAACGUAGCUAGAAGUAUGUCAGACAAAAUCGACGAAUAUGUAAAAUGAAGUCUCAAUAUUUUAUCUAAGUACAGACAAACUCUAUCGACCUUAAUAUAUAGUUGGUCUUGGUUUUUAUUUUUCAUACCCUUAUUACGUUUCAGUAGUAUUCGACCUGUUCCAAAAUGAAAUACAGUAAAAGGCAGGAUCAAGAGCUUUAUCGGAGUUUAACAAGAAUGACAUCAUUUAGAGUUACAAAUCGCGCACUGAUAAAGUUUUGUGUUGCCAAUGCGUUCCUCUAAUAAAAACACCAUAAAUUUGUCUGUUCAUGUC